UUGUCAAGUGAAGCGCACGCUGCCCGUCACUCGUCCAUUUUGUCAACGCUCCCAGCGGCAUCCAGAACGUUUCGUAACUCUUUCACGUUAAAAUGUCGGGAGGCUUAGAUAUUCUGUCCCUCAAAGAGGAUGACAUUACAAAAAUGUUGGUUGCCACCACCCACCUGGGCUCGGAGAACGUCAACUUCCAGAUGGAGCAGUACGUCUUCAAGCGUCGUGCCGAUGGCGUCAACAUCAUCAACCUGGGCAAGACCUGGGAGAAGCUGGUGCUCGCUGCCCGCGCCAUUGUGGCCAUUGAGAACGCCUCCGAUGUCUUCGUUAUCUCGUCGCGUCCCAUUGGCCAGCGCGCCGUGCUGAAGUUCGCCAAGUACACGGACACCACACCGAUUGCUGGCCGCUUCACACCCGGUGCGUUCACCAAUCAGAUCCAGCCCGCUUUCCGCGAGCCACGUCUGCUGGUUGUCACCGAUCCCAAUACCGAUCACCAGCCCAUAAUGGAGGCCUCGUAUGUGAACAUACCCGUGAUUGCCUUCACCAAUACGGACUCGCCGUUGCGCUACAUCGAUAUUGCGAUCCCGUGCAACAACAAGUCGCCGCAUUCGAUUGGUCUGAUGUGGUGGCUGCUGGCACGUGAGGUGCUCCGCCUGCGCGGCACCAUCUCGCGCACCACCGAAUGGCCCGUGGUCGUCGAUUUGUUCUUCUAUCGCGAUCCCGAGGAGGCUGAAAAGGAGGAGGCCGCCGCUGCCAAAGAGCUGCUGCCGCCACCCAAAAUCGAGGAGGCCGUCGACCAUCCCGUCGAGGAGACCACCAACUGGGCCGAUGAGGUCGCUGCCGAGACCGUUGGCGGUGUUGAGGACUGGAACGAGGAUACCGUCAAGACCUCCUGGGGCAGCGAUGGCCAAUUCUAAGAUCAUCAGACGCAGGCCGAAAGCUGCUUAAGCGACUGCACAGCAUAAAUAAAUACCAUCUUUUAUGUUUCCCAAA